AGUGUUGUGCGUGAAGUUGGCUGCGAUUGAACUGUCAAUUGCACGUGUUUUUGUGUACUGCGUUGUGUAUUUUCCAAUUUCCUUCAUUAAAACUGUGUUUAAGGUGAAUUUUCCAGUGCAAAAUGAAGGAGACUACCAGAGAGACUGCUACAGAUGAAUAUUUUCUGAGCUAUGAGAAUUUGGAGAUUCAUGAAUUAAUGCUUGGAGAUGAAGCCAGAACUGGAGCUUAUCGGGAUGCCAUCCUGCAGAAUGAAGCACUCUUUAGAGACAGGACUGUAAUGGACAUUGGAUGUGGCACGGGGAUCUUGUCUCUGUUUUGUGCCAAAGCCGGUGCAAAGAGAGUCUUUGCCGUGGAAGCCAGUAAUGUAGCAAAUUUAGCAGAAGAAAUUGUUUCUGAGAAUGAUUUUGGAGAGAUUAUUGAGGUAUUUCACGGGAAAGUUGAAGAUUUUAAGUUACCUGAGGGAGUGGAAGGGGUAGAUAUUAUUGUAUCCGAAUGGAUGGGAUUCUACUUAGUGCAUGAAAGCAUGUUGGAAUCCUAUUUGUUUGCCCGGGAUAAUUUCCUGAAAAAGGAUGGGCUGAUGUUUCCGGACACAGCAUCAAUUUAUACUGCUCCAUGUCAACUUCCUCAAAUGUUUGAGGUGUGGGAGGAGUUUUCUGGCGUGAGAAUGGCAUCAUUUGGUCAAAGAUUGCGAGCUCAGAAAUCCAUCAAACCAGAAAUCAUGCAGUUGCAUCCUUCGCAAUUGUUGCAUUCCGGUGAAUUACUGGCAUGGAUUGACCUCAAGACUGUGACUAGGGAAGAUGUAGAUGAUAUCAGUGAGACAUUUUUGAUGCUGGCGCAAGAUUAUGGUAAUUUUCAAGGUGUCUGUAUUUGGUUUGAAUGCACCUUUCCGUCGGUGGGAGACAAUCUUCCCAUAACACUGAGCACAAGUCCAAGAGCUGAGGCAACUCAUUGGAAACAGACAGUCAUCGUCCUUCCGGACACUUCAAUUCUCACAGUUGAGCCAAACGAAGCGAUGGCCUAUGAGCUGUCUAUCAAGCGCAAUCCAUCAUCAGCUAGAGGGUACACUCUUCAGCUUGAUCAAAUUGAUGCCGAUGAAGUGGACCAUCCGAUUCCCUGCGAUUGCAUACUGACAAAGUGUAUUGUUCUCAAGACUCACUUGAAGAGACUGGAAGGUGGUGAAGCAGAAAUUGAGGUAGAUGAGGAGAAUGGAGAGUCUGACAAUGAAGAAGUAUCCCCCAGCAAAUGAAAAGACAUCAAGUACAAUAAAACGUUGUAUUUUUUCAAAGAAAUAAAGUUUAUUUUCCUAUUUUAUUCUAAAA